AUGCUGGGAGCAAUACUCUUCAACAUCCUCGUCAUCACCACCAUCCUACGUGUACGGAGUCUGAGACAGAACUAUCAUAACAUGUUGGUCCUCAACCUAUCUUUUGCGGAUCUGGGUGUAGCGCUUACCAGUAUGACGUUCUCACUGGUAUCUGUCUUUGAUAGUGGACAUUUCUUAACAACACAUGAUGGAGUAUGCAAAGCGAACGGAUUCUUCUCCACCAUGUUCUCCUACACAAACUUCCCCGUUAUUCUCUCCAUCGCCACUGACCGUUUCCUUAUCGUCGUUUUAUCCAAGCGUUUCCCUCCAAAUCGACGUCGUGUCUUCGUCAUGAUUGUCGUGUGCUGGCUCGUAGGAAUAAUCAUCGCGUCCAUCGCAUCGGCCGGUUUAGUGAUAGACUACGAAUACGACCAAAGUACGAAACACUGCACUCGUAUCUGGGGAAUAGAUAUGUUCCGCAUCAUAAGCAGUGUCUUAUAUUUAGGAGUAACCAUCCCAGGUCUGAUCGCAAUAUACGUCAUCAUCGCGUACUUCAUUCGGAAGGAGGGCUUGAGUCUUCAACGUCACCAGCUGUCUUCAUCGAUGUCCACGUUGAGGUCGCUGUCGAAUGUGCCGAAUAGAAGUGUGAUGGACUCAGGUGAAUAUGUCGCUUAUUUUCUUUGA